GUGUCUUUUUAUAUAGUGUAUGUAAACUUCUGGUUUCAACUGUAUGUAGAUAUAAUGUCUCAUGCUUUGGGAAUAGGCCAAUAAAUGCAUACUUUAAUGUGAAAGCAUUAAUACAAUUAAAUUUUACCAUAGUAAAAAUAUUGCUCAUUAUUAUAGGGAAAUUUUAGUUAAAAAAAAAAAAAUUAAAUGCAUUGAUAUUCAUAGAACAAUGCAACAUUUUUGCUUGGCUGGCUGGUGAAAGGAGGUCCAGUGUAAUUUUUGUUCUUGAGGCCCAAAAUCCCUAGCUGUGCCCCUGGUUUCACCAGCAUUUUUGACCCCUUCCAAUCAAACUUCAUCAAAAAUUGUGUCCCAGUCAUCCUCCCACUCAUUACCACAAUCAUUAACUCUCCCUUAGCUCUGAUUCAGUUCCCCAGUCCCUCAAACUUGAAGCUGUUACCCACAUUCUCAAAAAAACCCUGUGUCUUGUCUCUUAAGAUCCCCUACCGUUCCUGCUGUCCAAGGAGGAAACUUCAUGCUAUGAGGGACAUGUCAAUAAGAAACUCAGGGAGAUUUCAGGGGCAGCCUGUCCUAAAAUUUGGAGGAAGUUCCACCUCCCUCUGCUUGUCCAGUCUCUGCAGCGUCUCCAUGAUGUCAAACUGCCACUGCUUCACCUGCUGCACGGCUGUCAAUCCUUCCUGUAACACAAUUCAAACUCUAAAGCAUGAAGCUCAGGCUAACAAAGAGCUAACUCCCAACUUCUGCUUCUGUCAGGCUGAAAGUAGAAGUGCUGGCACCAUGGUGACCAUGAAUCACUUGAGUGUUGAGGACUCAGGCGAUGGCUCUCCUCUGCUGUCUGAGGCUGUGGAGGCGUCAACACCUACACCUGUCUAUCACAGACUGCGAGGGGUUACAAAGGCCAAGUCCAAGGAGUUCUUCCUCAGCAGGCGUGACAACCUUAUUAUCAGUCUGGUGCUGCUGAUCGGAGGCUACUCUGCCAUUCUGAUUCCUGCGUACCUUCCAUUAAAUAAAGCUGCAAAUAUUAGUGAUAACUACCAACAACCCAAAGAUCUGGUCUUACUGAACCGCUCAGCACUUUUGCUCUCAGACCCCUGUCAGCCUCUCUGGUGUCUGAAACACCUGAAGCCCCUCUCCUGCUCUGAGGACCUCCUGCACAUCCCUGUGUUCGUGCAGCAGGAAAAAAUGGUAUCCAGGGAUCUGUCGCCUCCUCUGGGGCUGAAGGGCUGUGAAAAACAUCUGGCCCUGGCUCUCACCUCUCUGUCCCAGCUCGGCCUGCCUCCUUCCCUGAGGAGAGAGAGCAGCUGCAUGCGAUGUGUGGUGGUUGGAAGUGGAGGGGUUCUUCAUGGGAGCCAUCUUGGAGCCCAUAUAGAUCAGUACGACAUUAUUAUCAGGCUGAAUAAUGCUCCAGUGUCCGGCUAUGAAAGAGAUGCUGGUUCUCGCACCACUAUCCGCCUGCUGUACCCAGAGGCAGCCCCUCACUCUGCAGACGAGUACAAAAACACCACCAUAGUAGCCCUGAUGGUCUUUAAGAGCCUAGACCUGGACUGGCUCACCUCUGUCAUCACCAAACAGCCUUUGAGCUUCUGGUCCAAACUCUGGUUCUGGAGGGAGGUGGUGGAGGAUAUUCCUCUGAAAGCAGAGCACUUCAGGAUCGUCAACCCGGAGAUUAUGCACAAGACGGCACAAGUCCUGGGUAAAUAUGCUCAGAAAAAAGGAAAGAUGGUGCCCACAUUAGGUGCCAGCGCAGUAGUGAUGGCUCUGCAGCUGUGCGACCAGGUGAGCCUGGCAGGGUUCGGCUAUGACAUGAAGCACCCUGGGGCCCCCCUUCACUACUACGAGGCUAUACGCAUGGACUUCAUGAAGGCUCAAGUGGUGCAUGACGUCAGCGCUGAGAAACUCUUCUUGAGGGACCUGGUGGCUGCAGGAGCGGUGACGGACCUGACGGGUGCUCUGUGAGUCAGCAGCACAAAGACUGAUAAUAAACUACCCUUCAUAUACACUCCUCCCUCUCACUGAGAGCCUGACACAAUCCUCCAUUACUGGAGAUAACCGAGCCCUGCUGGAGGAAUACUACACAGCAUGAAGUGACCUUUAAAAUGCUCACAGUCUCCAGGGGUGUCUCUAAAGGUUACACAGGCUUAUGAUUGUAGAAACUGCAGCAUAUUGCAAUUAAAUCUAAUAAACAUAUUUCAUCGCCAGCUGUGAGAAGUAUGGUAAAUGUCUUAUGAAUGAAUAACUGCAAGAACAAACACGUUCUAGGAUUGGCUGUUUGUAAAAUGUUGUGAUGUUGAGGUGCUGGUGGCCUAGUGGUUAGGUCAUACUCCAUAUACUGAGGCUAUAGUUCUCAAAGAGGGCGGCCAAGGUUCAAGUCUGACCUGUGGCUGCUGUCCUUUAUGUCUUUCCAUACUCAUUCUGCCAAAUUUCCCACUUUCACCACUGUCCUGUCUAAUAAAGGCUAAAAAAAAUGUUUUUUUGUUGAGUUUGGGUCAAUAUUGCUGCAAUUUUGGGAUGUGAAGGGCAAGAAAUGUUCCAUUGUCAAAGUGUAGGUGAAUGUUGGAUGACUUUAUCAGGAUCACUGUCAGCUAUCAGUCAGUGUUCUGUUGUUGCAUUUCCAUUAUAAAAAGUUAAAAAGGGUCCCAAGUAACCAACCCACACCGUCCUACCAGAGCUUACCAACCUCCAACCCUAAAGAGUGGAGCAACACACUACAGACCCACACAGUUUAUCGAUUAGUCGAAAGAUUUGUCACUUUGAUGAGGCGCGGACCUUCCUGGAGAUCACUGGUGAAAAAGAUAGUGGUUGGGUAUCUCAGUGGUUUAAAUUGCCGACGUUGGUGAGGGAGCUCAGGGGUUUGAACCACAACCAGGGCAUGAUCAGUAUCCAGUGUGGGCCCUUUGGCAAGAUGCCUGACGCCUUGAACACCUAUUUCUCACACGAUCAGCGCAAAAGCAUCUGCUAAAUGAUAUAAAUGAGUAACAUUGUAAAGAGGAGCAGAAGGAAGUGGAUGGUGAAGAAGGGAAUGAGAAAGUAUUCCUGCUUGUGUCAAAGAAAUAAGUGACUGAAUUGGGAAAUACUUUGUCUGCUAUCAAAACGUGUGCACCACAAACAGUUCAACAAGUAAUUCAGGCCUUAAUUUUUUAACUGGAUUACUGUAGUUUGGUCUAACAUUUUGUUAAGAAUUAUAAAGAAAUUGCAGCUUAUCCAGAAUAAGGCUGCACGUGUGGCUCACUCUGACAUUGAGAUCAAAUGUCAGCAAAAUGCCUGAAAAUCUCUUGUGGUUUGAAGUUAAAAAUAGAUAUAAAUCAUUAUUUUACAAGGCAUUCUAUCAGAGGUUGUUUUAUUUACCACACCAGCUCAGUGCUUGGUAAUAUACAGAGCCAAAUGAUAUUAAACAACAUAAUAUGUACUCUUUGUAGUUUUAGAAAAUCACAACUCUCACUAGUAUGUUGGCUUCAUUUUCUUUCCUUUUUUUUGCUAACAUAUAUUCUUUAAAGAGUCAUUCUGUUUUUUACUUUGAGUCAGUUGUAAUUAUGUCUGUUGUGUUCUGUCUGUAUUAUGUGAUGUACUGUCUCAUGUUUAUGUAUUGUGAGCCAUGAUUGUAUUUAUUGUGUUGUCACAAUGUAAACUGUGGACCCCAGGAAGAAUAGCUUAAAGCUAACUGGGGAUCCAAAUAAACAAACAAACCAACACAGAAGAUGGUAGCAGAGUGGUUUGUGUGGACAUCCAGGUAGAGCUGGAUCUCGUUAGAAGCUCUGGAGUGAACAUUGAAAAAUCAAGAACGACAAGAGUUGAAGUUCUUCCUUGUAGAAACCAUUUACAGAAACAGACUGGCCAGUAUGGGGAGAUACACCAACAGGUAGCAAUCUGCUUCUUUUGGUAUCAUUAGUUUUAGCUUUUUGCUCUGCUAAGGUCACUGACUCACGCCCAUGAUCUAUACACAACAUUAGAAGAAUGCUAUUGGGUCAGUGUGCCUCACAGCCAACUGAUUUUUCAUUUUAAAUCAGAAAUCCAAAAUCAAGAAACAAGCUGUUUCCCAAUUACCAGUUGAAAAAAGGCCGCUCGUAUCUAAU